AGAUGGGUGCUGCUGAAUUUGACUUAAAAACAAGCCAGGCAGCGGUGGCACAGCCCUUGGGAGGCAGAAGCAGGCAGAUCUCUGAGUUCAAAGUCAGCCUCUCUACAGAUGGCUGCGAGCUGAACACCCCUGUUCUGCUCAGUGUUCCCUCCAUGAUGUACUGCGAUGCUACAGGCCCAAAGCAAAGAGCCCAGAUGAGACUGUGAGCCAAGACAAGACUUUCCUUUCCUUAGCAUAUUUACCCCAGUGUGGAAGGCUAGCUCUGGGGCUGCCACUCCUUUGGAACCAUGGUGGCGUUGCUGUGGAAGGUGCUGGUGGGCGUCGGUCUCUUCGCCCUCACCCACGCUGCCUUCUCUGCUGCACAGCAUCGUUCUCAUACUCGACUGACAGAAAAGAGGGAUGAGCCACUGCCGACUGAUAUAGUUCUCCAGACACUUUUGGCCUUUGUACUUACCUGCUAUGGCGUGGUUCAUGCUGCGGGGGACUUUAGAGACAGGGAUGCCACCUCGGAACUAAAGAAUAUGACAUUCGACACCUUAAGGAAUCGCCCGUCUUUUUAUGUGUUUCACCGUGCUGGCUAUGGACUGUUCCAGCGUUCCUAUACAACUCAUUCUUCAGACCUCAGCGUGUCCUCUUCUGACGUACAAUUGAAGUUCUGAAAACUCAAAUCACUGCACCAUUCAGCUUUUUUACAAAUUAACAGGACAGAAGCAGAAUUAAGUCCUGGGAUUUGGGAUGUAAAGCACCCCCUACACAUCAAUAUUUUUACUGAUAUUUCAGACUUAAUUAAAAAAAUCUAUAAUUAAAAACAACAACAACAACAAAAGAUAUUUAUGUCAGGUACCCUGUCACGGCUGUAGAAAGCUGAUUAACUGGAUUUGUUUUUGGUUGAGGCCAACAUACUGCAGGUGGACCUCACCCCAUCCGUCCAGGGCUGAAUGGAACAAAAAGACCUCAGUAAAGAAGAUACACUUUUGCAUGCUUGAACUGAGACAUCCAUCUUUCUCUGGCUCUGUCCCCUAACCCAAAAUAUGAGCUCUUCUGAGAGUGAGCCUUUGAGAGUGAACUUUCAUGCGGGCCUCCUGAGCUCUGCUCACUGACUACAGUCUUGAAGGAACUUGAAGGUUUUCACAAUGUGUGGUUUGAUUGUUCAUUACACUUCUCACCACAGGUUUCUCUCGGGCUCUCGGGCUGAUGAUCUGGAGGCUGCUGUGAGCUAUAAGCUGGGUGAAGAGGCCUAACUGUGAAGAAGAAAAAGGCCAGCAUUCCCAGGAUAGUGCAAUAAGAGGUGGAGAGAGCCUUGCCCCUGCCAGUCUAGCUACUCCUGCGACCAGUUCCACGUGCCACUUGCUGUGAUCUGAUUAUAUGCCCACUUCUCUUUUUGCUGUGGUCCAUAGGAGAUUCUGCCUUUUGCAAAUGUACUAAGGUUUGUCAGAGGACAAGAAUCAAGGAGGGGAAUGUGUUUAUAUAAAACUGUCCCCUGGUGUCUUCAGAGGAUUGACUCUACAACCACACACAGGAACAAAGUCCUUGGAUGCUCAAGUAGUUUUUAAAAAAUGACAUAGUACUUCCAUAGACCCUCUUCCCACCCUCCCAUAUACUGCCAGCCAUCUCCAGAUUACGUGUAACACCUAAUACCAUGUGACUUCUCUGUAAACUGUUGCUGUACUGCUUUGUUUAGGGAAUAAUGAUAAGAUACUUGCAUAUGUUCAGUACAGAUGGAAUUUCCCCCAAAUAUCUUUGGUUAGCAGUUGGUUGAGUCUGUGUCUGGUUUGUUUACUUGUCCUUAUGGUCUACUUUUACAAGAAUGUUGUCUCCCUGUGGGGCAGAUCAUGUUUGUCUUGGUUCCUGUGGUGUUCCUCAUUCCUGUCAUAGUGCUUGGUGUGUUCUUGCUUGUGAUAUAUUGGAGAGGGGACAGAGGUGUGUGUGUGUGGGGGGGCACAGAUACACAGACACACACACCAGGAAGAGAGAGAAAAGGAGACAAACAGAUAGACACAUAGUCAGACCUGGAACUUGAUAUAUGUAGCAGACUGGCCUUGUACUCACUGAGAUCCGCCUGCCUCUGUCUCAAGUACUGGGAUUAAAGGCGUGUGCCACCAUACUUGGGUUUUUCCAUACAUAUUUAUCAAGAAAGGCUCAGUUCACUCUGAACCUAAUGUUUCAGGACUCACUGUUGAUUGGUCUGAAACUUUCACCACUGUUUCCACUCCUUCCUGUUUGAAAUUUCCCAGCCUUGUCUUCCAUGAUACAGUAAGGGAAGCCCUGUACUGGGUACCUUCCUCCUUUGCCAUCACUUCUCUAGAGAUUCCCUUCCUCCAGCAUGUUGACUACACAUGGCCUUUCUGACCUGUCUCUGGCUGUCUUCUCAUUCUAAGAGAGCCGUCUUAUUUACUUUUCUAUUAGAUAGUACUUUACUUACUUGUAUCUUGUUUCCCUUCCCUGGGAUUUUCCUGAUCUUCAUCCAAAGGGGAACUAAGACCUGUUAUCUAUAUUCCCUGCAUCUCCAUCUGGGCAAUCCUGGCUUUAGUACAUGGCUGUAUCAUUUAACUUCUCAUAGACAUAACCUGUGUUACUGGCACAGUCCUCAUCUCCCCCCUUAGCUGUACAGUCCUUUUCAUUACUACCAGUCCUACUUUAGAAUGCUCUUCCUGCUGCACAGCACUGUCAUAGAACUCUUGCCUUCAGACUUCCAACACCUCCGGACUGUGAAUACAAAAUUAAGCCCGAAUCCUCAUCAUUGGAGUGCCUUCAGAGCCAAGCUCCUUCCCACUUCUCCAGCUUCUCCAUCCCUGUUCCGUGUCUUCAGAACACUUGUAGGUGCACAGUGUACCCAGUGGUGUCAAGCAUUUCACUGAAUGCCUCUUGCAAUAGUUAGUUUUAAAAAUCAACUUGCUACGAAUUAGAAUCACCUGGAGAGAGAAUCGCAACUGAAUAAUGGCCUUUAUCGGACUUGGCUGUAGGGGAUUGUCCUGACUGUUAAUUGAUGUGGGGAAGCAGCCCACUAUAGGUGGCUCCAUUUCCUAGGCAGGGGAUCCUGAAUGACAUAAGGCAGGAAGAGAGUCGAGAGAAAGCCGGCAGCAUGGGUAUAUUUAUUUCUCUGCUUCUGACUGUGGGUGUGGAAGACGGUGCCUAACUUCUACUCUUGCAGUGGGUUGUGACUGACAUUGUGAGCCAAAUAAACCCUUUCUCUCCAUG